CAGAGCCCCAUUCUACAUGGAGAUCCUCAAACAUCCUCCUCCAACGCGAAAUAAACGCCUCUGGGACUGAAAGAAAUGCACAGUCUUUGAGAUUCUCAGCGGUGAACAGAUUCAGCACUCCCUGUUCCAAACAAGUUAAAGAUGCCCUGCCCACCAACCCAGUGACUCCAAGAAAAGUCUACAACAUUCUCACUGAAUCCCUCAUCCAUGAUGAACACUUCAGAGGCCACCCUGUCCCUUUGGGCCAUCCUUGCCAACUCCAGCCCCGUCUUGGACCUCCUCAAUGCCACUGAGACCCCAUCCCACGCCAAGCCUAAAGCAUGCGAGCAGCUCAACAUCGCCACCGAGGUGUUCCUCAUCCUUGGCAUCGUCAGUCUGCUGGAGAAUAUCCUGGUCAUCUGCGCCAUAGUGAAAAACAAAAACCUCCACUCGCCCAUGUACUUCUUUGUCUGCAGCCUGGCCGUGGCCGACAUGCUGGUGAGUGUCUCCAACGCUUGGGAGACCAUCAUCAUCUACUUACUCACCAACCGCCAGCUGGUGGUGGAGGACCAUUUCAUCAGACAGAUGGACAAUGUUUUUGACUCUAUGAUCUGCAUCUCUGUGGUGGCAUCCAUGUGUAGUCUUCUAGCCAUAGCCGUUGAUCGCUACGUAACGAUUUUUUACGCUUUACGAUAUCACAACAUCAUGACGGUGCGCCGCGCUGCGCUCAUCAUCGGUGGGAUUUGGACCUUCUGCACCGGCUGUGGAAUAGUCUUCAUUAUCUAUUCUGACAACACGUCUGUCAUUGUGUGCUUGGUCUCCAUGUUCUUCAUCAUGCUCGCGCUCAUGGCCUCCCUCUACAGCCACAUGUUCAUGCUGGCGAGAUCUCACGUCAAACGCAUCGCCGCCCUGCCGGGCUACAACUCCAUCCACCAGAGAGCCAGCAUGAAGGCGGCUGUCACCCUGACCAUCCUUCUGGGGAUCUUCAUCGUCUGCUGGGCUCCAUUCUUUCUCCACCUCAUCCUCAUGAUCUCCUGUCCCAGAAACCUGUACUGCAUGUGCUUCAUGUCACACUUCAACAUGUACCUCAUCCUCAUUAUGUGUAACUCAGUCAUCGACCCUCUCAUUUACGCUUUCAGGAGUCAGGAGAUGCGGAAAACGCUGAAGGAAAUCAUCUGCUGCUACAGCCUUAGGAACGUCUUUGGAAUGUCCAGGUAGUUUCAAACCCCC